CUCUCGAGAAGAAGAAGAAGACGAAGCCCCCAACAAACAAAUUGAAACAAACAGUUCGUCAGGACAUAUAUAUCUUUAUUUUUUUUUCAUCUUCCACCAUUGAUUGUUGUGAGAGAGAACUAAAGUUAAAAGCCUCUCUCACUCAAAGUUUCUUUCUUUGUAGAUCUGAAAAAUUCGAUUUUUUUUUUCUUCCUUUUCUUCUCUCGAUUCAUCCGCCAUUUUUGCGAAAAAGGAUUGAUUGCGAGAUCGGAGAGAGAGAGGGAGGGAGAAAAUGACGCAUAGAGUAGAUCAGGAAUAUGAUUAUUUGUUUAAGAUCGUGUUGAUCGGUGAUUCUGGUGUUGGGAAAUCUAACAUCUUGUCCAGAUUCACCAGGAAUGAGUUUUGCUUGGAAUCUAAAUCCACCAUUGGUGUUGAAUUCGCCACCAGAACUACUCAGGUGGAAGGAAAGACAAUUAAGGCCCAGAUCUGGGAUACUGCAGGUCAGGAGAGGUACAGAGCUAUCACCAGUGCUUAUUACAGAGGCGCAGUCGGUGCACUUCUUGUCUACGAUAUUACCAAGAGACAGACCUUUGACAAUGUCUUGAGGUGGCUGCGUGAACUGAGAGACCAUGCAGAUUCCAACAUUGUGAUCAUGAUGGCUGGGAACAAAUCUGAUCUGAACCACUUGAGAUCCGUUGCUGAGGAAGAUGGUCAGAGUUUGGCCGAGAAGGAAGGUCUCUCUUUCCUGGAGACAUCAGCUCUUGAAGCUACAAACGUGGAGAAAGCGUUUCAGACCAUCUUAGGAGAGAUCUACCAUAUCGUAAGCAAAAAGGCACUGGCUGCACAAGAAGCAGCAGCAGCUAACUCCGCAAUCCCUGGGCAAGGAACUACGAUUAACGUUGAUGACACAUCUGGAGGCGCGAAACGAGCAUGUUGCUCUUCUUAAAACUAAAAGGUUAAACGGGUUUGUUCGGCUUGUUCACUCUUCAAAGAUUCAAAAACUUUUGUUUUUUUCACUGGCUUCUCUUCUUUCCAAGUUUUGGCUGAUGAAACGUAACUAUGCAAAGACUAUGUAGAAUACUUCUGUUCUGUCUGAUUUACUCUUCUGUUGGGUGUUUGUGUUCAGUUUAAAGCUUGUGAGAUUAGUCAGUAAAGCUUGUUAGUAUUAUAUACUUUAUUCUUAUCGCCGUUGGUGUGUUCCACUCAUUUCUGGUUUAUAAAGUUUUUUUUGUUUC